GCACUUGGCCGCAAAGUUGCGCCUUUCGACGCUGUCAAGUGGAAUGAGCACGUCCGCGAGGUGGCUUUGGAGGCAUGCUUGCAAAAGUUUGCUUCCAGCGAGGAGCUCAAGAAGAAGCUCUUGGACACGGGCGAUGUGGUGAUCGCGGAAGCUACGGCGAAAGAUAAGAUUUGGGGCAUCGGUCUCAAUGUUGGGGACGAGAGGGUGCAAGACCCAGCUCUCUGGCAGGGGAAGAACAUCCUAGGUGAGGCCCUGAUGAGGACCCGUGAGCAGUUGCGCAACAAGGUGGAGGCAUCAGGAUCCUCUGUAAAUACUGAAGACGAAAGGACCUGCCAGGGUGUGGAGGAGCCGCCGAAGAAGCGUGCCAAAGGCCUUCAGCCACCGACUGCGGAGUAG